GAAAAAGAGAAAUCAAAACAAGAAAAACGCGGACGGAUACGUUGAGCGAUGCAGCCGGACUAUCUUCGCCCGUUGCUCCGCUUCUCCAGCGCUCCUCCGCUCUGUGCGGCUGCCUGUCGUUCGCUUACUUCAAGCGAGGCGCUUCGCCGAGGAUGCUCAUUCGGAGAUCGUGCGCCACUCGGAUUACUUGGUGCCAGCGGCAUGCUUCCUGAGUCGCUGCCGCUGUAGCCGCGGAUGUGCGUGUUCUUCGUGUGCUGUGCCAGUGCUCCCAACCAUGGCAACGAGGCUGCCUCUCCUGCUGCUCCUGCUCGCGAGCUUCACGUUCGCCCACCGGUCGACGCUUGAAAGCCGUCGGGGAAAGUGCGAGCGCAUCACCAUCCCCAUGUGCCAGGACAUGCCGUACAACCUGACGCGCAUGCCCAACCUCAUGGGACACACGGACCAGAGCCAAGCCGCAAUCCAAGUGCACGAGUUCGUACCACUCGUAGAAAUUGGUUGCUCCAAACACCUCAAGUUCUUCUUGUGUUCCCUCUACGCGCCCAUGUGCACAGAGCAAGUUGACAUGCCAAUCCCGUCCUGCCAGUCCAUCUGCGAAGAGGUCAAGUCCAAGUGCCUGCCGCUUCUGACGCAGUUCAAUUUCAACUGGCCCCAAGCUCUGAACUGCAGCCGGCUUCCCGUGCCUGAAAAGAAUGGUUUGUGCAUGGAGUUCCCACCGGUAGCGGACGAGCGUUAUUCCAAGUACCUCCUGGACAAGACGGAGUCUGCCAAGCUUUCCCAGAACCACAAGCUCCUCAACCUUCCUCUGGCUCACGCCUUUCCGCCCUUCAAGAAGUUUCAAAACGGACGGUUCUUCGACGUAUCGUCCACGGAACCUUCCUCUUCCGUUGGACGUUCCAAGAGCUGUCCGGAGACCAUGGUGGAGCUACCAGGUCAGAACCAGAAUCAGUGCAUCGCUCGCUGCGGCUGGGACUUCCUCUUCACGCGCAACGACAAAAACUUUGCCGAAAUUUGGAUGGGAAUCUGGGCCGCCGUGUGCUUCAUGGCAACCUUCUUCACUGUGUCGACCUUCUGGAUCAAUCCGGCUCGGUUCCGCUACCCCGAGCGCCCCAUCAUCUUCCUCAGCCUGUGUUGUUGCUUCUCCAGCAUCGCCUACCUGUUCCGCAUCUUUGCUGGCUCGGAAUUCAUCUCGUGCAACCGCUCGGAAGGCGUGGACGCUCAUCUCAUUGUCGAAGGAGUGGACAGGUCCGGCUGCAUCGUGGUGUUCCUCUUGCUCUACUACUUCGGCAUGGCCGCCGCCUUCUGGUGGCUCGUGCUCACUCUGUCGUGGUACCUGGCGGCCGGAAAACAGUGGGGCCACGAAGCCAUCGAAUCCCUGGCCAGCUACUUCCAUCUUGUCUGCUGGGCCGUGCCAGGGAUCCUCAGCAUCGUCGUGCUGGCGCUCCGACACGUCGACGGCGACGAACUCACCGGAAUGUGCUUUGUGGGGAACCAGAGCCGAGAGGCGCUACUCAGCUUCGUCAUAGCGCCUCUCAGCUUUGUUCUGACUGUGGGGAGCCUGCUCAUAUUCCUGGGUUUUGUGUCUCUCUUGCGAAUCCGCAAAGUCAUGAAGGAAGGCGGGAGAAACACGAGCAAGCUCGAGAGGCUCAUGGUGCGCAUCGGACUCUUCUCGGUGCUGUCCACCGUUCCGGCGCUCACGCUGCUGGCCUGCCUGCUGUACGAGUACCACCAGAUGCCCCUCUGGAAGGAGGCUGCCAUCGCCAACACCUUCGAAUGUCUACUCAAGCGGGGAGACGGGUCGCCCUGCAGACUCCAUGACAGCAUCCCGCUGGAAGAGGUGUUCAUGCUCAAGAUCUUCAUGUCGCUUCUUGUGGGUAUCACUACGGGCGUCUGGAUUUGGAGCAACAAGACUUGGACCACUUGGGGCAAACUGUGUGCAUCCAGGUUCGGUCGCCGUUCCCGGAGGCACCACGCCAAGGUCCUCCCGGGAAGCCUGGCAUCGCCCCACAAUCACCAGUUCUAUCCGCUCAAUGUGAAUGCCAGGACAAAAACUCACUCUCACAGGAAAGCGCUGACCAACGUAACGAUGGUGUGAGAUUCUGCAAAAGCAGAUCUUGUAAAUAUGCUUGUAAAUAUGACAUAAUGAUGUAUAUAUAUAUAUAUUAGAGAGCGUGACGUGAGUUGGUAAGGAGACCACUCAUAUUUUGGGGGAGUGUGCCAGCAUGUGUGUUUCCGAGUGAAGGCAAAUACAAAUAUUUCUAUACGGUU